AUGGCCAUUACCAAGAUCCACGCUCGUUCGGUCUACGACUCUCGCGGUAACCCAACCGUCGAAGUUGAUGUUGUCACCGAGACUGGUCUUCACCGCGCCAUCGUCCCUUCCGGUGCUUCUACCGGCCAACAUGAGGCUGUCGAGCUCCGUGACGGAGAUAAGGCCAAGUGGGCUGGAAAGGGUGUCCUCAAGGCUGUCGCCAACGUUAACGAGGUCAUUGGCCCUGCCUUGAUCAAGGAGAAUAUCGAUGUCAAGGAUCAGCAAAAGGUUGACAAGUUCUUGAUCGAUCUCGAUGGAACCCCAAACAAGGGAAAGCUUGGUGCCAAUGCCAUCCUCGGUGUCAGUUUGGCUGUUGCCAAGGCUGCCGCUGCUGAGAAGCAAAUCCCACUCUACGCCCACGUUUCCGACCUUGCCGGUACUAAGAAGCCUUACGUUCUCCCUGUGCCAUUCAUGAACGUUCUUAAUGGAGGUUCCCAUGCUGGUGGUCGUCUCGCAUUCCAAGAGUUCAUGAUUGUUCCUUCCUCCGCCCCAUCCUUCACUGAGGCCCUCCGUCAGGGUGCUGAGGUUUACCAGAUUCUCAAGAGUCUUGCUAAGAAGAAGUACGGACAAUCCGCUGGUAACGUUGGAGACGAAGGUGGUGUUGCACCAGACAUUCAGACAGCUGAGGAAGCUCUUGAGCUCAUCACCGAAGCUAUUGAGAAGGCUGGCUACACAGGCCAGGUCGACAUUGCCAUGGAUGUUGCAUCCAGCGAGUUCUACAAGGAGGAUGUCAAGAAGUACGAUUUGGACUUCAAGAACCCAGACAGCGACCCAAGCAAGUGGAUUACCUACGAGCAACUCGCACAGCAAUACCAGGACCUCGCCAAGAAGUACCCAAUCGUCAGUAUUGAGGAUCCAUUCGCCGAGGAUGAUUGGGAAGCCUGGAGCUACUUCUACAAGACCUCUGACUUCCAGAUUGUUGGAGAUGACUUAACUGUCACCAACCCCAUCCGUAUCAAGAAGGCUAUUGAGCUCAAGUCCUGCAACGCUCUUCUGCUCAAGGUCAACCAAAUCGGUACCCUCACGGAGUCUAUCCAAGCCGCAAAGGAUUCCUAUGCCGCCGGCUGGGGUGUCAUGGUCUCCCACCGUUCUGGAGAGACCGAGGAUGUUACCAUCGCUGAUAUCGUUGUUGGUAUCAGAGCUGGACAAAUCAAGACUGGUGCACCAGCUAGAUCCGAGCGUUUGGCCAAAUUGAACCAGAUCCUCCGAAUUGAAGAAGAGCUUGGAGAUAAAGCAGUCUUUGCUGGAAAGAACUUCAGAACCGCAGUCAAUUUGUAA